UUUUUAACAACCAAAAACUCAUCAAACACUUUCCUGUUUCCCAUUCAUUUUUCUUUCUUUCUUUCAUUCUUUCACAGACAGAUAUUUUGCAUUUACUCUAAUUCCUCAUUUUGGAUUUUAAACUUCAAUGGCUGCUCAUCAGGAAGCUUCUUUCAAGUUAAAGGAAUUGUCCUUACAUGUACCAAAGGUGAGAAAGCCUUAUACUAUUACAAAGCAAAGGGAGAAAUGGACAGAAGAAGAACACUACAAGUUCCUUGAAGCCUUGAAGCUCUAUGGCCGUGGCUGGCGUAAAAUACAAGGGUUUAUAGGCACCAAAUCUGCUGUUCAAAUUCGAAGCCAUGCUCAGAAAUUUUUCUCCAAGGUUGUUAGAGAGUCAAAUGGUGGUGGGGCUGAGAGCUCAGUUAAGACAAUUGAGAUACCACCUCCCCGUCCAAAGAGGAAACCUAUGCAUCCUUAUCCUCGUAAAUCAGUUGAAGGAAUGUUAGUUUCCAAUCAAUUGGAAAGAUCUCCAUCCCCUAAUUUAUCAGUUUCAGAGGAGGAAAACCAAUCUCCCAAUUCAGUCUUAUCUCCACUUGGUUUUUCAGAUUCACUGGGAUCUUCUUCCAUUUCAGAGCAGCAUAAUGGAUCUUCAUGUGCCACUGAUAUGUAUUCUGCUACUUUAUUGCCAAUACAAAAACAAGAGCACAGCUCAUCUACUGAACAUCAUAAUGGAUCUUCACCACUUCUACAAUUUUCUUCUGCUCCGUUUGAGGAUAAUUGUUUGUCUGUGAAACUAGAGCUGGACCCAAUGGAUGUUGUUUGUACAGAAGGAGAUGCAGCCACAAUAGUUCCUUUCACAAGCAUAAAGCUUUUUGGAAGAACUGUUUCUGUGACACAUUCCCCCAAACAGUGUCUUGAGGAUUCAGAAAAUCUCUUGUCAGUGACAUAUAAGAUCAGUGAAGAUGAUCCUGAUAUUGGUAAUGAUAAGGGUGUUCAGACAUUGACGAGGAAACAAUUGGACACCCAGUUAUCCCUUGGAAUAGGUACUGCUGCUAAUUGUAACUCAUUGCCAUUUAGUACUACUCCAGUGCACCAGGUGUUGGAACAACAGGGAGACAAUGUCAAUUGUUUACAAAGCAGCCCUCCUUUGCCAUGGGCUGUCUUCCAAGAUCUGCCGUUUUCAUUCCUAGAUUCAUGUGGUCAAUCCUCACAUGGUGAUCCUAGAAACUGUUGUGUGGAAGAAAGGUCUAAAGAAAAGGACAUUCAUGACGAAAGAUCCUGUAGUGGAUUGAACACUGGAUCAGCAAGUGAUGUUGAACAUCAUUGUCAAAGUCUUUCCGCAAACGGAAGAGCCAGACUCCACAAGCGGACAAACGGCUUCGUACCAUAUAAAAGAUGCUUAGCAGAAAGAGAUUUGAGUUCAUCAUCAAUUCUAUCAGAGAAGCAUGAGCAGCAAAGAGCUCGAGUAUGCUCGUAAUACUCCCUGCCUUAGCUCUAUAUCGUAGAAGGAGCUGACUUAGAUAGGGUGCAUCCUGAAAAGUACUACAGACGAUUAUGGAAAAAGAAUCUCACACAAUUAAAUUUUGGUGGCUAACAUUUUUAGCUGAUCUCCCUUGAAGUCGCUGCAUAUUUUGCCAAGUAUAAGAUGCUUCAGGAUACAGGGGAUGAUGCUUUUAAGUAUUUGAUAGCUCAUAGCAGUUUCAUGCCAACGAUCUUGCACAGAUAAAUUGCCAUCCAAACUGAUAUGGAAAGAAAAUCAUUUGUCCAUGGAUAUUUAGAGUGCCAUCUCAGGUUUGUUCUGUAAUGUUCCAUCAAUUUUUAGCUUUGUGAAUCAAUUGUAAUUGGCAGGUCUACUGGUAGGGACUAGAGAGCAACUUAUUUCUGCCUGUUUCAGUACUAUCAAUCACUUUCUGAAUGAAAUUGUGUGCUGUUAGGGUGGGUU